AUGAUGGAAGCCGAAAGAAUGGAGGAGAACCAGGCGCCGAAAGAGGUGAGCUACGUCAAUCUGAGUGAUGGCGUGGAAAGUGAAUGGAAAGGCUACGUGAGCAUCUUGAAUGAGGCGCAACAAAGGAUUAGCGAUAUUUUGGGAGACUCGAGAGUGUCGAAGCAGGCCAAGUCAGAAGUCGAAGUUGUGUGGACUUGGGCAAGAGAUGAAAUGGAGAAAGUUUGGAAGCACAGCCAGAAAAGGGAGGUGUUGUCUCCGUUGCUGAAGAAAGAGAUCACGGAAACGUUAGCUCAAAGAGGGAUCGAAUGCGUGGAUGAUUGGAAAGAGUUAAACAAGGAAGUGUCGGCCCUCCAGCAGCUAAGAGACAAGGAGGAAGCCAUGGAGGUCCGAGGUAGGACUGACCCUUUGAAUAGAGAAAUUAUUGGAACGCAGACCAGUCAAUUGCAGAGGAUGCGUUCGAUUGGACAGAUGUCUGCAGAUCGCUCGAGGCGACAUUCGCCGUAUCGGACAACUACGCCACCGGUGGACGAAGGUGCGUCAGUAUCAGAUCAGUUGACAAAAUACCUGAGGGCAAUGGCCUGUACGGACCCUGGUGUGUAUAGAGGGGCUAGGAAUGAGAAUUUUAACGAGUUCGUAAGAAGGUUCAAGCGAAAGUACGAAGGAGUGGUGAAUUGUGAAGCGACUCUGCUAGACAUAUUGAGUGAUGACCACUUAGGUGGAAGAGCAAAGAGCGUAUACAAGGCUCUGCCAAGGCUAGUGAAGGACCAGGGAUUCGAGAGGGUUAUAAGAGAAAUGUCUAGACUGCUAGCACAAGAGUCCACGGCGGGUAGGCUGAGGGCUUUGACAGAGUUACGAGAGCUGAAAAUCAGACCCAAUCAGGACGUAGCGGAUUUCUGCGUGGUACUAGAGAACCUGGGCCAGCAGGCAUUCCCAGAGGGGAAUGCUGAGGAUCGAUCGUUGGAAUAUGCUCAGAUCCUCUUGAGCAACCUCGGUGAUUGGCCCGAACACUUUCAGUUAGUUGGUGCUCUGCAUAAGGUGCAACCCCAUAUGGCAUAUGAUGAGGUCAAGCAAUUAGCCUUAAGUAUAGAACAGUCAAAAAGAAUGCUGGGCGUGAGCCGCAAGGUAGUUUCGGCAGAUUGGAAGAACAGAUUUGCACAAUAUCGUGAUAUUAGUGAGGGGUUAGAUACGACCCAUAUGAGAGCUCGCGAGAGACAGGAGCCAUAUAGAGGAGAACUACGCAAAGGGGACAGCAGUGGGCAACAGUUCAGCGCAAGGAGAUCGCCCCCUCCCAACAAGGCAUCCCUGAAGCCUAGUAACAGCGAUGCAAGGAAGUGCUACACUUGCUCGAGGUACGGGCACAUAAGCCGGGACUGUCCGAAAAGGACAACGAGAGUAAGUCAGAUAGAGCAUAAGAGAUCCGAUCAAGGUAAAGAAAGGGCGACUUUGUCGGCUAUAAUCAACCAGGCGCGGAGUUUAGGGAUAGCAGUAAAAGAGGGGAAGCCGAUGAAAAGUACCCUAAUUGGCGAUCGGGUUAUAGCAUCGUUGAACCUUCUCGAUAGAACAGCGCCAGCGCUGAUUGAUACCGGAUCAAUGAUCAGCAUCAUACCGGUGGGGGUACUAGCAAAGGCGCAGGAUAACGGUUACGAUGUUGAUGCGCUACAACUGAUAGAACAAGACAGAUUGAGCCCUGUGUUCGACGCAUCCGAUAAUAGAAUGAAUUUUCUGGGCGCAGUCAUUAUAGAAGCCGAAUUGCACGAAGGAAACAGGUGCAAGGUCGCUUUUCACAUUAGCAAAAAGAAGGAGGAAGAGAUCAUUUUGGGUACGAACGCACUUGCGGAUCUAGGUGUGGGAAUAUCCAUAGCAAGAAAAGGCGGUAGCCCCAGGGAACAGUCGGAUAGUUCCGUUGAGAAAGAAGGCAAGGUCGCCGUAGUGAGGCGAAUGUAUGUGCCACCGCAUGAGACGGCCCUUGUGGAAGUAAGAUGCGAAGGGAACAACAAAGAGAUUGUAGAUCGCGUAAUAUGGCCGAGUAGAGAAGGAGUAGCAGCAGGAGUGUACCGUAUUCAAGAUAACCAAACGAAGGUGCCCGUUAUUAAUAGUUGCGAUCAACCUAUUCUUUUCAAGGAAGGUGAGGAAGUUGGAUACUGGGGCACAGAUAAAUGGCAUGAAAGAUGGGAUGACUUGAACCCCCUGAUGCCGGAAGAGGAAGGAAAUAAACUGAAAGGGCAUGAGAGAAUGCGCCGAUUGGAAGAGCUAAUAGCUGCAAAUAUGGAGUCAGGG